AUGGCCAGACUCAACGAAGCUCCUCUGCCGACAGAGAGCGUUGAUGCUCUAAAGCGCCGCUUUGUACGACAGAACCGCGAGCUCGCCAAGUAUGCGCCUCUACCUCCAAACCUCGACCUUCGUGAAGACAUUGUCCACCUCCAGACCCAACUGUCCGAGCCUCGCUCCCACACAGACAACUCUGCCCUCGUCUCGGUCAAGGAUCAACUGCAAGCCAAGCUGCUCGAGUUUGGUGCUCUCGUCUCGGAGCUUGGCCAAAUACAAUCUACCCACUCUUCGCUGCCACAAGACAAAUUCUCCGAUCCUUCUUCAUGGCGUCCCGAAAUUGCUGCUGCUAUCCUUUCUGGCCAAGCCCCGAGAAUGCAUGGCAUCGCCGAAGAAGCGUCCUCUCCUGGCGGCUCUCUGCGCAAUCCCUCUCCUGAUAUCGGUCCACCUCCGAUCGUGCACUUCGACACUGAAGAUCCUAUAAAGUUCGAUCCUCUUUGCGCCGACACCGACCAGCCCGAUUAUCCUGAAGACAAUGAACGAGCCAUCUCCGAUCACGAAUCUCUUCCCACCAACCUAUCAGUCAAUCUGGAGACGAGACGGAAGCGCAAGGACUCGAAAGUACAACUGCGCCGAAGCUCGCUGCUCUCGCCAGACCUGGAUGACGACGAACAGCCACAACUCACGCGAACGAGCGCUAAGAGAAAGCUCAGUAUGCGCGAUGUGGAGGACGACGCUGAGAAACGUGUCGUGAAGGAUGAUUUCAAAUUCAGCAGAAGAUCCUCAAUUGCCGCCGACUUCCCAAACACCGAGCCAGCCGCAGCAACGACGAACAAUCUGCAAGAUGUCGAGACACCAGCUUUGUUGCCGGAGCGCAAAGUCUUGGGCAACAAGAGUGUCAACGUUUCACCACGGAAGCUGUCGAGGAGUACCAAAGGCAAGGGGGACUUGAAGAAGGAAGAUGUUCCGCUCAAACCUGCUACAAAAACGACGGACCGCAGGAAGUCGAAGAAUCCAUCGGCCAAAUCAGUCACCAUUGCAGAGACUGAACCAGAGACAAUUAUGCGAACAAUAGAGAUUGCGCUCCCAUCACAGUUGGCCGAGGAAGUCGAAGAUCUGGCGCCCAAAACACCUCUACCGGAAUUCUUCUCGCCCACGCCAUCAGAACCUUCGACAGCAAGAGACGAAGGACGAGAUACACCACCGCCAUCAGGACUGAAAUCGAUGAGCUCGGGACCAGCUGCUCUGAAUGGCGCUAGUAGGCCUUCGCGACGAGCCAGAGCAGCGGUGAACUAUGCGGAACCGAACCUGGUGAGCAAGAUGCGUCGACCCACGGCAGCAAAGGCAGAUGCCGUAGAUGCAAACGGUCGAAGAAUCAGCAGCAACAUUACGACGUCGGAGAAAAAGACUAUGAGGACUGUUAUUAUCAAAGGAGACGACAUGACUGGAUGUUUGACACGAGAUAUGGGCUCUGAAGCACCGAGUCCGCUAGGUCAAAAAGUUGACAGAGAGCAUGAACGAUCGUUUGAAGGGAACAAGAUUCCUUCAGCAUCUGGAAGAGCCAUAUCAGCCUUGAUGGCAGGAUCUAAAAAGCAAGAGAAGGAAGUAAGCGAAGACGCGGGAGUGUAUGAGCUGAAGGAUUCGUCGGACGUGGAAGAGAGUGCUGCAGGCAAGAAACGAAACAGCCGGCGGCACUCUUCGAUGACUGACGGCAGUGAAAGGUGCAGCUUCGGCGCAGAGCACCAAGACGAAGGCCAGCCAGCAGCGGAGAAGCAGGAGGACGAAGCGCAAGAGACUGUUCGCAAAGCACCCCGAUCAGCACGAGUGGACCGCAGCGGAGCACGCAGACGUAGCAUGAUGGUCUAG